AUGUCUGAUCAAAAACCCAGUGCUAUGAUGGAUAGUGAAAAGGAGCUAUCAGUCAGCUACUCUCAUGAAGAUCAAGUAGAUGCCUUGGAGAAUAUUGACCCCAAGUUGGAGGCAAGAAUCAAACGGAAGCUGGACAUGCGAGUGGUUCCCAUGGCAACAUUGAUCUACCUUAUGGCCUUCAUUGACAGAUCCAACAUGGGCAAUGCUAAAAAUCUGGGCAUGACUCAAGAUCUUGGACUGACAGGCCAUAAAUUUAGCAUUACAUUAACUACAUUUUUCAUCACCUAUGUUUUAUUUGAAAUUCCAACCAAUAUUCUAUGUAAAAAGUUUGGCCCUCGUAUCUGGCUUUCCAUGAUUGUAUUUGCAUUUGGUGUUGUCUCCAUGUGCCUUGCAUUUUCAUCUAACUUUGCUGGAUUGGCCGCUGCCCGCGCUUUUCUAGGCAUUGCUGAAGCAGGUAUCAUGCCUGGCAUCUCCUACAUGCUCUCUACGUUUUAUCGUCGUCAUGAAUUGGUCACUCGCGUUGGCAUCUACGCUUCUUUUGCUAGUCUGGCAGGCGCUUUUGGUGGUUUAUUGGCUAUCGGCUUUAGCAAGAUCCCAGAUUGGGGCAUCAUGCACACUUGGCGCAACAUUUUCUUUUUUGAAGGCAUCUUGACUUUUGUUGCUGGCAUUGCUUGCUAUCUGGUGCUGCCUGAUUCUCCUGAAACUGCUAGCUUUUUAACUGAAGAAGAGAGACGCAUUGCUUCCCUGAGAAUUCGAUUGGAGACAUUGACGCAUGAGCAAAAGAAAUUGAAACGUGUUCACUUUGUUCUCGGUAUGAAGAAUCUCAAUAUUGUAUUUAUGUCUGCUGGUCUGUUCUGUUCUCUCCUGUGUAUGAACUCGAUUUCUCUCUUUAUGCCUUCGUUGCUGGCCAGUAUGGGCUUUGAUUCUAUCAAAUCACAGUUAAUGACAGUGCCUCCUUAUGCGUGCGGCACUAUAUUUUGUAUCGCUGCCGCCAUGAUCUCAGAUCGACUCAAGACAAGAGGUCCUAUUCUGAUAUUUGCUGCUGGUCCUUUGAUUGUCAUUGCAUUUAUUAUUUUGCUGACGGUAGAGACGACAGGCGUUCGCUACAUGGCUAUCUUCUUUGCUACCUGUGGCGCUUUUACUGGAUCUCCUGUGUUUGUAGCUUGGUUGGUAGACAACUCGUCUGGCCCCAUGGUCAGAGCCAUUGCAAGCGGCUUUGCCGUGAGUGUGGGCUCUCUGGGCGGCCUUGUUGCUACUUGGACUUACUUGGCUGAAGAGGCACCUGAAUACAAAGCUGGCCAUACCAUCAAUCUCUGUGCUGGUUGCGUUAUCAUAGUAUCUGCUACACUUGCAACCAUUAACUGCCGAUGGGAGAACAAGCAGCGUGCUGAAGGAAAGAGAGAUUUCCGCUUGGAUGGUCUGACAGAUGAGCAAAUGUCAGAGCUUGGUCACACGCAUCCCAACUUUCGUUACACUACUUGA